CAUAAACAAAAAACAGGAGGAAGUACAAACUGUUCAGAUUUUAAACUGCGGAACCAAAUCAGCAAAUGACAUUCAGACACAAACCUAAGUCCCUGACCUAUAGUGGAGUUUCUUCAGGAAGCCAUGGUUUCUCUGUCAACAAACGCACAGACGGCGGGUUGUGACGUCAGCUGCUGCCCGAGCCACCUCACCACGGAACUCACUUGUGAUUGGCCCACGCUGAUCAAGUCGCGCUUCGGCCAAUCACAGCCGCGCUUGCUCGCCCAUCAGGCAGUGGCAACAUGGCAGCUCUCUGAGUUUUGGUGAGCUGUAAAUAAACACAUUUUCCACGUCUCGCGGACCACGACAGCGCCCGGGUGUUUGCGUCGAGGACCGGCAGGAGCCGCGGAGGGAAGAUGUCGACUGACGGGACCAGGAAACAGUUCUGGAAGAGAAACGCAGCCAAGGUUCCUGGCAGCAUUCAACAUGUAUACGGAGCCCAGCAUCCCCCCUUUGACCCGCUCCUCCAUGCGAAUCUAAUUAAAGCAGCCAACAAACAUCCUCCGGCCACACCAGGCAAGCCUAAGAAGGCGACCACCUUCCAGGAGUUUGAGAGCAUCACAAGUGACGCUUGGGACGUUGGGGAUGAUGACGAUGAGCUGCUGGCCAUGGCUGCACAGAACCUUAACAUCGAGGUGGUCAUGGAGACGGCCAAUAAGGUGAUUGAGAAUCACAGCAAGCAACAGGAACAACAGCGGCUGGAUGACUCCACAGACCUGGAACAGAGAGACGAGGACACACAGGACGAGACGGUGGAGGACGAAGAGGAGGACGAGGAGAAUGAGGAGAAGGAGGUGGAGGAGAGAGUGGAGGAAGGCGACGUGACCAGCCCAGAGGUGUCGUUUGCCUCCCAGAGCAGCCCUUUCACUGAUGGUCGCCUGGUUAAAUCCCACAGCGAAGCUCCAAUUGGGUCACCCAAAGAUGCAGCAGGUGAAUAUGCAGGCCUCCAAAGACAGCGGUCUCUGCCCCACCGGCCACCCCUCAUCCCUUUAGUGGCUCGCAUGGCCGACCAGAACACGUCUGGCACCCCAGCCAUGACCGAAAGGGAAGCGUCCCGUCUGGACAAGUUCAAACAGUUGCUGGCCGGCCCCAACACAGAUCUAGACGAGCUACGGAAACUCAGCUGGUCUGGAAUCCCAAGACAGGUCCGACCAAUUACGUGGAAGCUCCUCUCGGGUUACCUGCCCGCCAACGCAGAGAGGAGAGAGAGCGUCCUACAGAGGAAGAGACAAGAAUACUUCGGCUUCAUCCAGCAAUACUAUGACUCCCGCAACGACGAGCCCCAUCAAGACACAUACAGACAGAUUCACAUUGACAUACCGAGAACUAAUCCUCUUAUUCCUCUUUUCCAACAAGCUUCUGUCCAAGAGAUUUUCGAGCGGAUCCUGUUUAUUUGGGCGAUCCGGCACCCCGCCAGCGGCUACGUGCAAGGAAUCAACGACCUGGUCACGCCGUUCUUCGUGGUCUAUGUCUUUGAAUACAUCGAGGAGGAAGUGGAAAACUUUGACGUGUCCAGUCUCCAGGAAGAGGCUCUGAGGAGCAUUGAGGCUGACAGCUUCUGGUGCAUGAGCAAACUGCUGGACGGCAUCCAGGAUAACUACACAUUUGCCCAACCAGGGAUCCAGAGGAAAGUCAAGGCCCUGGAGGAGCUGGUCAGCAGGAUCGAUGACUCUGUGCACCGCCACAUGCAGCAGUAUGAGGUAGAGUACCUGCAGUUUGCCUUCCGCUGGAUGAACAACCUCCUGAUGAGGGAGCUGCCACUGCGCUGCACCAUCAGACUGUGGGACACCUACCAGGCCGAACCAGAGGGCUUCUCCCAUUUCCACCUCUACGUGUGUGCGGCCUUCCUGGUGAGGUGGAGGAAAGAGAUUCUAGACGAGAGGGAUUUUCAGGGGCUAAUGAUUCUCCUGCAAAACCUUCCCACGAUGCACUGGGGCAACGAGGAAGUGAGUGUGCUGUUGGCCGAAGCCUACCGGUUGAAGUUCGCCUUUGCCGACGCGCCCAACCACUACAAGAGAUGAUAAGCGUGGCUCUCCGCAGCUGCUCCCCCUCCUCGUCCUCAUCCAUCCAUCCCCGCUGUCGUCUACUGAACUCAAAGGCCUCUAUUUCUACAUGGAAGGACCUCCCCCCAUUUUUCUUAACCUCCCCUUUCCCCAAAUCGCCCGUAUGGGCCUUUCAGCAACUAAGAGAUUUAAAUCAACCAAUGAAUGGGAGGACUAGAGGUGUAGCAUUCUAACAUGACGAUGUGGAGCCUUGUUUUUUAUUGUUAUUUUUCUCUGAUCAGCUCUGAAGUGUGCACUCCUGCAGAGCCCUCCUCCUCCUCAUCACCGACGACCGCAACUUUUUUUGGGUUGGCAUUCGAUCCGCUCAAGCUGACGCCUCAGAUUACGACCUCAGGCCAGCUGCAGGAGAGCAAGCUGCUGCUCAGCACCGCCCGGGGUCUCGUCUGGCUCAGAACAAUGUCCCUCUCCGCUUACCGUUGUUUCCAGUACCCCGGCAAUACAUUGUUCUUGGUUCCCUGAGGCAAAAAUUUGACCUUUUUUUUUUUUAAGCCCGCAAAGACGAAGAAAGAAGGUAAAAGGGCACUGGGUGAGGUGGUUUACAUAUUUAAGCCCCUGUCUUGCUCACAACAGCACCUGAAGAAACAGGACCUCUCCGGGGUUUUCUUUUUUUCUCUCUCCACCAGGGACACGGGUGGUUUCCUUCAUGAACACACCAGGGUUUUACAGAAAGAGUGAGAGAAAGAGAGAUUGUAAGUGGAGGAAAAGCAUAAUUCCCCCCCCCCCCCCCCCUUCCACAAACCAGGCACACCAGCUCACGUGCUUCACCCUGUCCUCCCACCCGCACAGGGAAAGAUAGUAAAAGAGUUUCAGACAAAUAGUAACAGCCUGCAGAUCAUAAGAGUCACACACACACACUCGUUAUCUAAGAACGUAAUAAGCCAUCAGGAGGAAGAAAGCUACUCAUUCCCACGCAUUCGUUUCCCUCAGACCUGCCAGUAUAUGGAUGGUCAUGUGUAUAGCUCCACCUCUCUGAACCUAAGACUACCUCAGAACACACAUUUAAAACCAUUGCGGCAUAUAGUCUGACAGAAAAACACACACAGUCAUGCACCAGUUAGUUAACUUACAAAAUAAACUAUUUGCAUUUCAUUUCAGAAACGGAUUUUGGGCUUAAAUAAGGAACAUGGUUUCUUUCUUUUUCCUCCCAUCUGUCUUCUCCUGUCUAAUGGGCACAAUCUCCAUGCAUUUAAAAAAGAGCCAAAUGCAAAUGUUAACAAAGUGAUAAAUUAUCCUGGAUCUGCACCAAACUUUAAAGUGUUCUUCCUUGGGUCAUGCCCCACCCCUCCAAAGAAUUCAAUGGAAAUCGGUCCCGUAGUUUUAACAUAAUCCUGCUGAGUAAAGGUAAUAAUUCUGUAAAGCUUCCUGAUUAAAAUCAUCAGAGAUAUUGAAGGAUCAAUCUGUCGUGGACACACUAACAAACCGAGUUGUCCUGUUACUCAGCUUGAUUCAACUCGUAGAUUCUCUUUCAAUGUUUUUAUAUCAUACAAAAAAAAAGCUGCAUCAGAAUCAUAGCCUUAUUUGUUCUGGUUGGAUUUUGGUAAGAAAUUCCGUUUUGAAUUUAUUUUCCUAGAGUUGAAACAGACCUUACAGAUAAAGAGUAUUCAACAUAACCAUUCAUUUGAGAUAGUUUUUCAUAUAAAUGAACAAGAAACAGUAGAUGCCUUUACAGCAGCCUUAUGAGUCUCAUGCGUUUCAGUAUAUCCUCGUUUUUGUUGCUUAUAUCUUACAGCUCAUGUGAUGUCUCACCCAAAGUCAAUAGCACCAUAUUGGUGUAAUGUUGGGAGGAUGUGGUGGAUGUAAUCAGACAUUCAUGACGUGAAACAAAGCUGUAAACGUUUGGAGCCUCCUGUCGCGAAUGCGCCAGGAUCCAUUACUGUCACCACAAAGUCGGUGUGCACAGGUGUGUGUGUCUGUGUGUGUGUGAAGGGGAGACGGGAGGAGAGAGGGAGCAAGUGAGUCGUGUUUCUCUGGAGGUUUCAGCGCUUUUUUCCUGCGAGAGCUGUCAGUCACUGAUCGCACGUAGGGAUUUUUCUUUUUAACACACUCUGCACCGGUUUCACAAGCCCCUCAUCUCCUAUGCUCUCUGACAAAGAAAAACUGCACUAAAUUCGAAAGUCUACAGCCCUUUGUUCCUCCUCUCUCCCUCUCUCCCUCUCUCUCUCUCUCUAUCUCUCGUUUGUAUGAUAUAUAUUCUUUCAAUGAGCAUUUUAAGAUUCGUCUUGUUUUGGUUUUAAUUUGUUUUAAUGCUGUUUACAUGACAAGCCUGUUAAGUUGUGCCUGACACUAAAGACACGAGACAACAUCCUAGAUAUGUUAUUGACCAUGAAUUAACUCGGAAACUUGGUUUUAGAUUUCUGCAAGCAAUAGUAUGACAUUUUUGGAUUUGCUGUGAUAAGACACAAAGUGUAUCUUUUUGUGCCCAUGUAGUUUUGGGGGAUGUGACAGUUGCCAAUAUGAACAGUUUAGUUACUCUGGGCAUUUACUCCAUAUUAAUAAUGCAAAAACCUUACAACUGACUCUUUGCGUAACUGCUCCUGUGGACAGUAAUUGUCAAUUUAUAACUUAGCAAAGAUGAACUAGAUAUAUUGGACCUGUCAAGCUUUAGAUUUCUGCACAUGCUGAAUUGGUACAUUAACAUUUAGCAUUCAGUUUGGUGGGCUGUUUCUCUGAUGUAUUUUAAUGCUAAUUCUACUUCCAAGGCCAAGAAGCAUAUCCUAGGCAAGCUAUGUUUUCUAACAUUUGCAGCAUCAUCAAACGCCAACAUUUCACUAUGUUUGUGGCAAAUGUACUUUCUCUUGUGAUAUAACACGCAGUUUAAAAAGCAGCAUCUUUAUUUUGGAAGUUCAAGUUUGGUUUGAAUUACUUUUUCGACACUAUGGAACCAAGUGAAACAUCACGAUUGACAGCUAAGAGUGUUACGCAAGUGGUGGAGUAUCUUCUUUAGUGGGAUCUCAGAACCAUGGCUCCAGUCCACGAUCACUACCGCACAGGCCGUUGCUCCGAAUGACAUCACCAGUGCAAGAUGGCGGCACCCAUACCAUGGAUAUUUUGACUUUAUUUUGGUACAACAGGAAGAGGGAGAGACAUGUCGUCCACCUUUUAUUUACAGUCAACUGAGCAUGUGUAGAGAAUAGAAAGCUUGACAGGCAAAGCAAGAGUAACCAAGGGACAAUGGAUUUCCCGUAUCGUUUAUGAGCCAAAGUUUCUACUUUUAUGUUGCCUUAUUGCACACAACAAUACUGAACACUGUGGGGGGGGAGUGAUGCCAGUAGUGUGCAGGGACGUCCAAACAGUUACUGUAUGUAUGUGUGCGUGUGUGUGUGUGUGUAUGUGUGAGUCAUAGGCAAACACUCCAAGCCCAUCAGUUUUCAUCAUUUGAAUAAUUUCUCUGUUUUGCUGUGAUGUCAUAGGCAGUGAUUCCUCUUAAUUAGCUGCAAAUCAGAUUUCCGUUUGAUAAACAAUCACAUUACACAUUCAGCUGCUACCAGUGUCAAAUGACUGAAUGAAUCUGUUGUGAUGAAGGCCCAUGUUCAGUCAGGCCGGAGCCCUUAUUCUAAUUGUGAACACACACACACACACACACACACACACACACACACACACACACACACACACACACACACACACACACACACACACACACACACACAGAGGCAAACUUCAAACAUUCUUGGGAGCAUCAACAUUUGCGGCUGCUUUCAGUUCUUUUAGAGUAUUUUUUUUCCUCGCGCUACUUCUCAAGAAGCACAGAUGUGUUUAUGAAAACCAAACUGAGAGAAAGGAAGAAUCCUCCCCUGUGUGUUUUUGCCUCUUGAAUACUCGAAUUAUAAAAAUCGAAUAAUACUAGAGCGUCGUGGGUGACAGGAGUAGUGGUUCUUGAAUUAAAAAAUGUGUACAGAGAAGAUUUUGAAACGAAAAAUCUGUAAAUAGAAAGUGUAAAUAAAUCCUAUAUAUGACAAUAA